AAAAUAUGUCAAAUGAAAUGUCAUUUUAUGUUUUGUUUUGAUUGCGGAGAUUCACCGAGCCUGUUGCUGAUAGCAUCUGUAAACUCAACGAGUUCGUCGAUAAAAUAAGUUUUACAACAAUGUUUCCUAAAUUGUCCAAUAAUAUUAUCUCCAAUGUUCAGUUGCGGCGAGCUAGCGUGAACACAAAAUACCACUGUUUAUACGGGUAUUAUUUUCUCGGCUUAUCAAGAGCCCGGCUUUCAGUGAUCUACCGGAAAAGUAAAACCACGAUCUCCAGCUGGAUCCAUGAAUACGAGGAAAAUGGAUUACUUACGGAAGCGCAACGGACAAGGGUGUUCCGAAAAUUCAAUGCCGAGCAUCGAAAUUGGAUCGUUAAGCUGUACCUCUCAAACCCUGUGCUUUUCUUGGACGAAUGCUGUGAACUGUUCCUGCAACAUUUCAACACAACUAUCAGUGCUGGUAGCGUCUGUCGUAUACUACACGCUGAGGGCCUAACCUGGAAGGCCUUGGAGAGACGGGCCAUUCAAGUGAGAGAAGAUCAAAUCUUUCAUUUCUUUUCCGAACUGAGCUCCAUAGAAUGGGAUCUGUAUCACUUAGUUUUUCUCGACGAAGUGUCUCUGGAUAGCAGAGACAUGCUACGCAAUCGAGGUUAUGGUGUAAAAGGCAAGAAAAUCAUUUUUCGGGGUGAGUUUGUACGACGCCCAAGGGUUUCAUUCCUUUGCUUCCUAGGACAGCAAGGAAUGUUAGAUAGCUUCCAGACAGAUGGGACGUUUACAAGGCAAAUUUUUUUUCAAUGCUGUCGAUCAUUUGCAUUGAACAAUGAACAUGUACGUUGCUAUCCUGGUCGCAAUUCGAUUUGGAUUAUGGAUGGCGCUCGCAUUCAUUGUGAUGAAAACAUCAUUUACUAUUUGCGGUCAAUCGGAAUCAUUCCAUUAUUCCUCCCUCCAUAUUGUCCUUUUUUCAAUCCUAUCGAGAUAAUUUUUGGUCUAACAAAAGCUCAGAUGCGUCGACAGUACAGAGAAAAUGAAAAUGAAAAUGCAUCUCAUGUAGCUAUUUCAGCAUUUACUGAGUUUUCAUCAUUUGAUUGCACCAAGCUCUAUCGACAUUGUGGUUAUCUACCGAAUGGGGUCUUUGAUCCCAGUAUUGGUCUUUCGCAAAAUACAAAUAAUUUGGAUUUCGAUGCUUCAGAGUAG